GACAAAUCAACAAAUAUCGACCAAAACACCAUCCAACCCAAAAAAGUCCAAAAAGCUAGCUAGGGUUAGAUACUGUGAACCCUUUUUAACUGAUGAUGAUGAUGAUGAUGAUGAUGAUUUAAAUCUUGUUACAAAAAAUUAAGAACUUGAUGAGAAAAGAAGACACUCUCAUGUGUGUAUGAGAGAUACAGAGAGAAGAUCUGUUUCUGUUUCAUUGCCCACCCAAAAACCAAACCCUAUUCUUUUGUCUCUCUCUCCUCUUCUUUCUCUCUCUAGAAUCGACCCAUAUGCAUACAUAUAUCACGAUUUUCGAAUUUGAUCGGUGAAAACGAACGAUUUCGAGAGAGAGACACAGAUGGCGGCGUACAGAGCCGACGAUGACUACGAUUACUUGUUCAAGGUGGUUCUGAUCGGGGACUCUGGUGUGGGAAAAUCGAAUCUCCUCUCUAGGUUCACAAGAAACGAGUUCAGCCUCGAAUCCAAAUCUACAAUCGGUGUUGAAUUCGCUACUCGGAGUAUUCGCGUCGAUGACAAGAUCGUCAAGGCCCAGAUUUGGGACACAGCUGGUCAAGAGAGAGCAGGAAAGCACUUGAUAUAGGGGAAGACCCUGCAGCCUUGCCUAAAGGGCAAACCAUUAAUGUGGGAAAGGACGAUGUAUCAGCUGUGAAAACAGUUGGUUGCUGCUCUGCAUAGCUGCUAGAGUAAAAGAUUUACGAGUGUGAUUGAAAAGCUUGCUUGCCUUGGAAUGUCAAGAACUCUACAUUGCAGCUCCUGGUUUCUUCGCCUCUCACUUUAUUGCUUGAUUUGUUCACUGAUAUGGUUUCAGUGGCUGUGAUUUUGGAGCUUUGUCGGAGACUUUCAGUUUGUAGUGUAUAAAGAGAAGUGGCAUACAAAUUCUCCUUUCAUACAAUGCCAGUUUUUCUUGUAAUAUGUACUUUGGUUGUUUCCUCAUCUGUAUUGUUUCAUUUGUCUACUCUGGUAGUUAGUGUUUGUAUCUGGUUUCUUGGUAAAAUUCUUGAAUCUUGUAUAACUUAUCAGGUGUUAUAAAUUUGUUUAUCAAAUUAUGCUUCUUUAAAAAUA